AUGCAAAAGAAGAAGAUUAUGGUGAUAAUGAAGAUAAGAAAUUGGAUUUCAGAGUUCGGAUGAAUUGUGUGGUGGAAUAAUUUUCUAACUGAAAUGUAUAAGGGAGAAAUGCGCAGUGUGUUUAUGACACAAAAUUCAUUUACUUCCUUUUUAAGUAAAAAAAAUUGUUUAUAUAUAGUUAGAUUAGAUUAGAUUAGAUUUAAGAUGGGUAUUUAUAGUCCCUACUUCGUGGAUUGCAUGCCGCGAGUGCGAACGCACUCGCAGGGUGGCAGAGCAUACCCACAGCAAGCCCGGGCUGAAACCCCCGUUUCUCGGUAGAGGUGAAGGUCAAGGGACAGAGUCAUACUGUCUUUGCUGACCGCCUCCAUUUCCAACUUGUUGUGUCGCCAAAGUUGACGCCAACACUGCCCUCUCCUACGCCAGAUCGCCCCUUUUGAUCGGGACCCUUUUAACUGGAGAGACUUGCGCCCUUGAGAUUCUAAGUCGAGCUUCGCCUCCCCUCUUUCCCGGAUCAUCUCCAAGAAAGAACUCAACCCCUUGCAGGAUUCGGGGCUAAGCCACCAAGUAGCUUAGGCAGGUAAUUCACCCUGCCUCUUUCGGACACCGAGUCUGGGCCUCGGCGCUACUGGCAAAAAAGAUGCGAAAAAACUGCUGCCCGGGUUAAGUCCCAAAAUCAGCGGAGAUUGGGCUGAGCCUCUCGCCUCGAGGCUAACUCUUCCCUUGAGUAGCUCUCCGCAUCCAAAAACCACGUCCGGUAUACAUAAGGACACCCGCCACGGGAGGACGGGUCGCUCGUCUCCGGCCAUUUUAUGUAUAUGCUUAUAUAUAGUUAAUAAUUAAAUAAAUUAAUAAUUAAAAAAUUUGAAUUUAAAAAAAAAUUUCCUUUUUAAAAUAUUUCUCGCUUUUAAAGUGGCAUAUGUGUUAGAAAAUGCAUGUUGCAUACCAAUCUUGCAAUUUCUCUAAUUGUUUUUCCAAUUCAAGCUUGAGAAAACAAUUUGAAAUUUGAUCCAACAUCUUACAAUACAUAA